AUGACACUCACCAACGAAUUCUUCCAGCAGCUCGAAUCACUUUUCCCAAAAGCUGCAGAUAGCCCAUGGUACGUCUAUGCGGCGCUUGUCUUCCAAGCAAACGACCGCAUGGAACUCAUCAGCUCGACCUGGAGAUACGUGCAAUCAACCACUUCAAAAGCAGAAGAUCAAAUUGUCAAAGCAAGGAAGAUGAGGGAAGCACUGCUGAAAGCAAGUGUUCUGGUUGGGUUCCCCAAGGGCAUCAACGCCUGUACUACCUUACGCAAAGCACUGCUGGCCGACUCUCCAGAAAUCGAAAGCGAACUCGACAAGGACUCAUCGCUACGGCAACAUCUCUCUCGCUCCGAGAAAGACGCCCGAGGGAUGGACUUCUUCUCUAAGAUCUACGCACAACACACCGACCGAGUGCUGCAGAACAUGUCGGUUGCCUCUGGCGGAGAUCUGUCCGAGUUCGCGAUUAAUGCAGUCUAUGGCGAUUUAAUGGCGGAAGAGUCUCGUCUCAAUGCCAAAGAGACCGGGUUGCUGGAGUUCCUUGCAUGUUAUGCAACUGGCGGAUCGGUCUGGGCCCAGGCCAAGGGUCAUAUGUAUGGCAGCCACAAUCUCGGCAACGGCAAGGCGGAAAUCCAGGGCGCUGUCAAGAUCUGCGACACCAUCGAGGAGACGCUUGAUAUCAAGGUAAACAGAGCGCCUGCUGAGAACUGGUCGUGGCUGGCGAAGGCGGAAAAGUGGUGA